AUAAAAGAAGCAAGGGAGUCGUUUCAAAGGAACAUCUCACCUACUACUACUACUGCUACUUCAUCCUUUACCUAAACUUGACCCUGAAGGCUAAACCUACACCUACAGUAAUCGAUGCGGAUUGGAUAAAGAAAUAUAGACACGAAAAUCAUGUGAAUAGGAAGGAGACAUACAAUUACAUCAUGGAAAACCUGUGAACUAAGUUGUAGUGUAGUGAAUGACGAGAAAGUGACUUUCUAACAGAAGAAUUGAUUAUAUACAACAUUAAUUGUCAGCAUGUUUCAUCCGAGACCCUGUGGCUGCAAAGGUCAGCGUACAUGCCUUGUAUGUGAAAAAGAGUUUGGAGCAUGUAAUCUUGCUGAAUCUUGGCUUUCUGAAGACAACAAGAAACAGUCGUACAUAUUUUGCCCUCUCUGUGAAUUAGCAUGGCCAGGUUGGGAAGGUGAUAGCUGGAAAGUUCAUCCAAAUCAUGAAGGAAAAUCACUGAAGUUUCCAGGAGUAAAAGUUAUUUUAAACUUUAUUUCUGAGGAGGAAGAAAAAAAAUUAAUGACACAAAUUGAUGAGGUUCCAUGGGACUUGUCACAGAGUGGUAGAAAAAAGCAGAACUAUGGUCCAAAGUGUAACUUCAAGAAGAAAAGAGUGAGAACAGAAAACUUCUGUGGUUAUCCAGCAUUCACAAAGUUUAUCCAGGAUCGUUUUUCUUCUGUUGAUAUUUUAGAGAGAUUCCAGACUGUUGAGCAAUGUUCCUUAGAUUACUGUGUAGAAAGAGGGGCAUCAAUUGAUCCCCACAUUGAUGACUGCUGGAUUUGGGGAGAAAGAAUACCAACUGUAAGCAUGCUUAGUGAUUCUGUGUUGACCAUGAGAAAAUUUGUUGCUUAUGAAAACAAAUAUAACCUUAUGGAAAGAAAAUUCUAUCCCUCUGUGAUAACAGUGCAAGGAACUGUUAAAGGAGAGACUGAUAUUGUCGAAAGUUUCAAAACACAAAAUAUGGACAUAGAAAUUGAUACAAAUAAUGAUAUGCAAGAAAGUCUUGGGGAUAGUCAAAUGAUUGUACGAUUGCCAAUGCCCAGACGUUCACUUCUUAUUUUUUAUGGGUCAGCAAGAUAUAAAUGGGAACAUGGAAUAUUACGACAAGAUAUUACGAGUAGAAGAGUUUGUAUCACAUACAGAGAGCUUACUCCUACUUACCUCCCUUGUGGACCACAGUCAGAGAUAGGUAAAGAGAUAUUAGCAGCAGGUAAAAAGUUUUGGGACCAUCGUAAGUUUUACAAUCUUGAUAACUCAGAUGUUAUGUAAUAUGAAAAGGAAUAAUUUUUAUAUAGCAGUCUCAGGAGUUUAUAUAAUUUUGAUUGUUAGAGUACUACAUAGUAGUAUGUCCUUUUUUUCUUUUUUUUUGCAGAUGGUAUAUUUUGAUUAUUCAUAAUUUGCAUAGGAACACCAGUUUAUAUCCUUAUUCUUGUUGAAAAAAAUUGAGAAUUCCUAGUUAUUUAUUUACUGCCAUCAUUUAAAUUGAAGGAUGAUUUAAUUGUUUAAUAUAAUAGUAUGCCAGAUAAUUGCUAAAUCUUCUGAAAGCCUUUGUGAAACACUGCACCUGGGGUCCACUAGUAACGUUUUCCAGAAUAAGUAUAUUUCUAUGCAUUUUAAUUUUUUAUAUACUAGUGAAUAAGACAAAUUUUAAUUUAAUGGUUUAAUCCUUAAAAAGUCACUGUCACCAAUAUCACCAUAAAAGUUUUUACAGGAGAUUUUCAGGUUUUCCUUAUAUGUGGUUAGGUAUUUUUGAGUUCUCUCCACUUUCUGUCCUGUGAACUGUCUGCCUGAUCUCCCAUCAGGUAGGUCUUUGUUAUCCUGCUGUUUGUAUAUCCAUAUCUAUCACUUUCCUCCGUCCAAACCAUCUUGAAAUUUAAGACUUCUUUUUUUUUUUCUCUCUCUCUCUCCUCUUGAUACCACAUCUCUCGACCUAUUCCCCUUUCACAGUACAAUCUUUCCACCAUUCUGUGGUCA